GUACCAGUUGUAAAUUCUGUAUUUAGCUAUUUUGGCGCCCCAUAAUUUUUUCUUCUGAGGUCGUAAUCUGCUUAAAUAAUAAUUUUUGCUGAUCAAAAAACUUUAGUUUUUGAAUCUCAAGAAAAUCACAACUACCAUCUACUCUGAUGUAGAAUAAUAAUUAACUGAACCUAAGAGUAUUAAAUAGCUAUGAUCAGCAGAAAAUGAAAAUAAUCUUAAACUAUUAACAAAAAUAUUUUGGUCAAUAAUCACUGCACAAUUUAACAUGUCCUCUUCCAUGUAAAGUUUCUUAUCGUUUUUAUCAGCUCGAUAUGAUAACGAAUACAAAAUAUGUGUAAAUUUGUAAUAUGUUGUGUCAAAGCAAUGACGUUUUGUUCUAAAUCUUCAAUAAUCGUUAGUUAGUGCGUUUCAAAGUGUACAAUGGGCUUAAAAUUAAAAGCUCUAGUUGUAGUCUCAUCAGGAAUCGUUUUGGGUGUAUGUACGUAUGCCGCAUACCGAACAUGGAAGAAGCGACAGUACAGUGCUGAUGAUGAAGGUUUUGAAGAUGUUUCGAAGUUAGAAGAAUCAUUGGAGAAGAAAGUAUUGGUAUUGGGAUUGGAAGGAUCUGGAAAGUCAACAUUGGUCUCACAAAUUGUUAAGGAAGUCGGACAAAAAAGUAUCACAUCAAAUGCUUUGUACAAACCAACUGAAGGAUUUAAUGUUACGUCUUUAUCUGAUGGAGGUUCUCCUACAGUCAACAUAUGGGAAAUUGGUGGCAAAGAAAGUGUACGAAGAUAUUGGCCAAAGUUUUUCCAGGAUACAGAUAUCUUAGUGUUUGUUGUUGAUGCUAGCAAUAAUUCAAAUCAAUCAGUUGUUGUGAGCGAAAUCAAAUCAUUACUUGGCGAUGCACGUUUGGCUUCUGUUCCCAUUUUAGUCCUUGCUAAUAAACAGGAUAUACCUGGAGCACUUAAUGCAGAACAGAUCUCAAAUGUACUCGAUUUGAAAAGCAUUCCAUCUAGAUCACAUCAAGUAAAAGUGUUAGAAACUCAAACAAGACCAGAAACAAAUGAAAUCCAUCAAACAGUAUUAGAAGUCCGGAAAGUGCUCUUAAAAUUAAGUUCCCAUAUGUAACAUGAAAGUAUUUUUUUUUUAAUUUUUUUUGGUUCAAUUCAAACAGUAGUAUGUAUGUAUGUAAUAUAUUUU